UGAUCAUCACUCUACAUGUUCAUUACAGCUGUAAGUUCUCUCACAUGUAGAAGUCAACAUCUGGGUGGGAGCCUGACUGAGCAUCAGCCUGUUUAUAUGGGAUGGAUCUCCUCAACUCCAGCCUCCUCUACAACAACCAAUCAGACUUGAGCAGCGUCUUCACCCACCAGGUGCUCCCUUCACUCUAUUUCAUCAUCUGCCUCGUGGGCCUGGGCCUGAAUGGCGUGGCCGCCUGGAUCUUCUUCAGAGUGCCCAGUGACUCGGGUCUGGUGGUCUACCUGAAGAACAUGGUGGUGGCCGACCUGCUCAUGGUCGCCACCUUCCCCUUCGACCUGGCAUCUCAGCUGGAACUUGGCGGCUGGCAGAUCCACGUGGUCACCUGCCGCUACACCGCCGUGCUCUUCUACUACUCCAUGUACGUGGGAAUCGUCUUCAUGGGCCUCGUCAGCAUAGAGCGCUACUUCAAGAUAGUCCGACACUCGUCCUCCUGCUGCACCUCGUCCAGGUUGUGUGGCACCUCCGCGCUGCACGUCAUGCAGAGCGUCGGCUUUGCCCGGGUGCUGGCACUCCUCACCUGGAGCCUUCUCCUCAUCUGCGCUCUGCCCAACUGCAUCCUGACCAGCAAGCCGGCCAAUGAGGAGAACGCCCGGGACUGCAUCGGGCUGAAGACUCCCCUGGGCGUGGAGUGGCAUCACGGGUCCAUCAGCUUCGUUGUGUCCAUGUUCUGGGUGACACUGCUGGUCCUCGUCUUCUGCUAUGUCUCCAUCGCCCACCGGGUUUACCAGUCGUACCGACGAGCGCAGAACUCCACCAGCAAGGUCUGCCGCAAAUCCAACCGCAGCAUCUUCAGCAUCCUGGCAGUGUUCUUGGUCUGCUUCGUGCCGUACCACGCCUGCCGCCUGCCGUACACUAACAGUCAGAGGACAGAAUCGGACUUGUCCUAUGACACCCGGUUCCUGCUGUACCAGCUGAAGAAGGGGACAAUCUUCCUGUCGUCGCUCAACGUCUGUCUCGACCCCAUCAUCUACGUCCUCACGUGUCAGACCUUCAGAGAGUCGCUGCUGAGGAACCUGGCCGGGAGGGAGACGACGAGAUCCCUCACCGCCGCCCAGAGUCUGAGCAACAUUUAGGACGAGAGACGGAGGAGGAGACGAAAGAGGACCGAGAGAAGAGGAGGAUGAGUGGAGACAAGUGGAGAGGAGAAGAGACAAGAGCAGAGGAGACAAGACGAGAUGAGAGAUUCAAGAUUCAAGAGGCGAGGAGACAAGAGGCGAGGAGACGAGGGGAGACGAAGGAGGACCGAGAGUAGAGGAGGAUGAGUGGAGACAAGUGGAGAGGAGAGGAGACAAGAGGCGAGGAGACAAGACGAGAUGAGAGAUUCAAGAUUCAAGAGGCGAGGAGACAAGAGGCGAGGAGACGAGGGGAGACGAAGGAGGACCGAGAGUAGAGGAGGAUGAGUGGAGACAAGUGGAGAGGAGAGGAGACAAGAGGCGAGGAGACAAGACGAGAUGAGAGAUUCAAGAUUCAAGAGGCGAGGAGACAAGAGGCGAGGAGACAAGAGGCGAGGAGACAAGACGAGAUGAGAGAUUCAAGAUUCAAGAGGCGAGGAGACAAGAGGCGAGGAGACAAGAGGCGAGGAGACAAGACGAGAUGAGAGAUUCAAGAUUCAAGAGGCGAGGAGACAAGAGGCGAGGAGACGAGGGGAGACGAAGGAGCGAGAGUAGAGGAGGAUGAGUGGAGACAAGUGGAGAGGAGAGGAGACAAGAGGCGAGGAGACAAGACGAGAUGAGAGAUUCAAGAUUCAAGAGGCGAGGAGACAAGAGGCGAGGAGACGAGGGGAGACGAAGGAGCGAGAGUAGAGGAGGAUCAGCUGCAGUCUGAGCCACAUUUUGACAAAGCUUUGUUAAAACUCACGUGUUUAUAAAAGAGUUCAUGAAAAGAAGCGGAUUCUGAAACUACAACUUUUAUUCAGGAAGUAAAUCAUUGAAUCUGAAAACCGGUGUCUUCACAUUUAUAUUAAUCUGAUUUCAUAUCAUUUUACAGAGAAGCCUGCAGACUCAGUUUGUUUUAUUGUGGAGGAAGCAGAGGAGAGUGAGAUGUGAAAAAGGAAAGACGAUGCCACACUGUGGUCUCUGCGGAUUGGGAAGUGAAACUGGACUCUGAUGACUGGGCAUCAAACGUGUGACACCAGACUGCUGUGGUGUCCAGUUCUGCGGUCGUUCCACUUCUUGGAUUCAGCUGUUCUUUUUACAGGCUGCUCGUCUUUGGCGCCUCUUUGCAGUUGCACACAAUGGCCACUGGAGCGCAGCAAACACACAACAAUAUAUUAACAUUUCAAUAGUCAAUUCUUGCAAAUACAUUUGUCUGUGCUGCCCUCUUGUGGUCACACUCAUUGCCAUGUUGAGCAUUAAGCAUUUAUUUUGAAAGUGAGCACAGGAAGGGAACACCUUUACUGCCCCCUGAUGGUCACAGUGAAGAUCCAUUUUGUCUGUAGUGUAGUGACUGUCAAAACAAACGUCCACUUUGAGUAACUGCACAUGGAACCAUAAUAAAGUUCAAACAUUUAAAUGACUUGAAACAAACACUUCAUGUCUAACGUCUACAUUCCCCUGGUGGUCACACUGAGUAACUGCAAAAUAAACCAUAAUGAUAUUGUAAAAUUUAA